AUGGCUCCGCGUAGUCGAGCACCACCUUCCAGCCGCAAAGUGCUUUUGAAAAACUCUAGAAACGACACUAAUAUCCGACUUCAGCGCAAAGUCAAAGUUGUUACCGAGCAGCAUGUCAUCGACAAGCCCUCGCCAGUGGAGCAAUUCCCUAUGCGGGAAUGGAGUUUAAAGGUGUUCCUCGUUGAUGAGGACGGUAACGAGCGUCCCGCCGAUGUAUUCACGAAGGUUGUCUAUAACCUGCAUCCCACGUUCGAGAACCCCGUCCAGAGUUUCACAAAGCCCCCGUUCACAUGCAAGAACGAGGGAUGGGGAGAGUUUGAAAUCUCUAUCGACUGCUACACAACCGAGAAGACAAAACUAGCACCAAUUAUUCAUGACCUUAACUUCCACCAAGAAAAGUACGAUCAGACGCAUACUGUCACUUUCAAGAACCCAUCCCAGAAUUUGCAGGAGCGCCUGCGCGAAACUGGUCCUCUCCCCACCGACGACGAUCACCGUCCCAAGAAGAAGGGUCUUGCUACUAAGAAGACCAAAAACUACGACUACGAGAAGAUCGCCGAAUCCCUGGAGAAGCUUGAGGAGGAGGAUCUGCUCCGUGUUAUUCAGAUCAUCAAUGAAAACAAGGGGCCAGACACCUACAUAAGAAGUGAUGUUGAGGUGGAUGACUUGGUUAAAGCCGGAGAGUUCUCCAUUGAUCUCUACACCAUGCCAGACAGCCUCACGUCGAAGCUUUGGGACCAUCUCUCCAAGAAGGGCCUUGUCAGCUAG